AUGGCUCAGUGGUCUCAACGGCUGUCUGAUCAGUGGAAUUUGGAUAAUGUUAGACCAACUCCAGCCGCGUUUGAUCUCUCACUCAAGACGGUUUCCUUAACUAAGCGACUCGUCUCCAAGACACUGCUAGCGACGCCAAUACAAUUGAAAGCUACUCUAUUCGAUCCCACAUCAACUUACACAACGUUUGCGGUAGAAUCUUGCCACGCGAGUUCAGGCGACCUAGGAUAUGCCGACAUCAUUGAUCGCGGUUGUCCAAACUCGGAAACCGGCUUUGGAGGAAAUUUUCUAACCUAUGUUCUUGCACAAUCUGGUCGCGAUGCACCAACGACCGGGUUUUCUCCCAAAUCUCCAUCCACUACAUUCUCCUUCAUUUCUCUCAUCUCCUCUCAAUUCCCCGCCUUCGUUCUCUCUCCGGAAAUUGAUUCCCGAAAUAGCACUUUUCUCGCACCCAGUUGA